AUGCCAUCUUCAAAUAAAACCCCUUCACAGUCGGCAGACCUCCAAUUUGAACGCAAAAACCAUGACAUGGUCAAACUUCCAAAAUACGCCCGCAUUCACAAACGUCCAAUCCCACACGCCCCGGUCGCAUCCCCUUACGCUGGCCCCUCUACUCCUAAAAUAAUCUAUAUCUCCAGUACAACGCCGUACAUGAGCGCCGUGAAGCGCGUACAGAAACUACUCCGACACGCUGAAAAGCGCGCGACGGCGUCUGUUUCCGCGGCUGUUGCGGAAAAGUCGAAGCAGCAGAAACGAACACACGGGAACCAGAACCAGCAAGAAAGACUCCUUGCUGCGCUUGCCAGGGGUGAGGAGCGCGAGCAGCUUAGUAGCGAGGAGGUAUUUGUUAAGGCGACGGGGAAGGCCAUGAAGGUUGCAUUGAGAGUGGGGAGGUGGUUUGAGAGUGGAGGCCGGGAGGCGGAAUAUAAGGUGCGGAUCAAGACGGGGUCUGUCCUUGUUGUUGAUGAUGUUGAGGAGGAUGAGGAGGGCAGGGAUGGAUUUUUGAAAGAGGUGGAAAGGACGAAAGAUGGGCCUGGGGCCGUUCAAGGUGGCAGUGAGAAUAAGGAUAGCGAUGACACGACCAUGUUGACAACGACGACGCUGUCGGGAGCGGGAGAUACAACUAUGAUGACUGAGAAGUCCAAAGAAUCUGCUACGGCCACUGAAGCCGCUCCCUCGAAGCCUCUUUCGAGGUCACAACUGAGAAAAAGGAAAAGGGCUGCCGGUUUGGCAGCUUCGAUUGCCGAGACCGAGCUACCGGAAACGCGGACGAGAUGGGUUAAUUCCGUCGAAGUCGCGAUAUCCCUAAAGUGA